UCUUCAGGGAGUGUUGAACAGUCACAGUUUGGUUCAGAGCCUCUGAAGGAGCUCAGGCUUCAGGUUAGCAUUAGAGUUAGCGUUAGCUCCAUGAUUCUGUGUCUUCACAGUUUCUUCUUCAUGGAUUUUACAGCAGCAGAGCAUUAUGGGAGAACGGCAGCCAUUGGCAUCCCGUCAGAGGAGUUUUAAAGUUCCUGAAGCGUGAGGAGAGGAGACGACAGAGAUUCUUGGAAGAGUCAGUGAAGUGGAGCUCAGGUCUGAGGAUCUUCAUGAACGUAUUAAAGAUGGCAGCUUCAGGAACCACCCUCUUCACUUUAACAGCAGUGCUGCUGCAUGUGGCGAGAUGUGAAGGGAGUAUAGGAAAAGAGGACAGCUUGCCACUCAAGUUCACGCACCAUCUCUACAACGCCACCAUCAACGAGAACUCGGCCCCACCGACGUAUGUGGAGACACCGGUGAAGAUGGGCAUUGAAAUGACUGACCUGUUCCAGGAAAUCACAUUUAAUAUAGUCUCAGGUGACGACGACAGCCUUUUCCAGGCAGAGGCCGUCAGAGUCGGGGAUUUUUUCUUCCUCAGGGUGAAAACACGAAGCAGUAACUCAGCUCUGCUCAACAGGGAGGUCAGAGACUCGUACACUCUCACUGUGGCGGCGACUGAAAGCACUUUUCGCUUCCAGGCGAAGACAAAGGUGCUCGUUCAGGUGCUUGACACCAACGACUUAAAGCCUCUUUUCUAUCCGGCCUCGUACAACGUGGCUAUCAGGGAGGACACCCCACUUCAGUUGAGUGUGGUCAGGGUCAGUGCCACAGAUGCAGACAUUGGGAGCAAUGCUGAGUUUUACUACUCCUUCACCAGCAGAGCUCAUCCUUUUACGGUCGACCCUUUCACAGGUACGAUCAGCCUCGUCAGGAAGCUCAAUCACUCCCGUUCGGACAGAUACGACCUCACGGUUUUAGCUGAGGACCGAACAAAGAAGAUCUCAGGUGUGCAGAAGUACGGUAAUGUCGCCAGAGUCACAGUGAACAUACAAAAGAUGCCGAUGGGGUCUCCAGUUAUCACCCCACCCUCCAAACCCACAGUCUCUACAGACGGUAAAAUAACUAUCAAUGUCCACGUAGAGGCAGGAGUUAAGCCUGUGGAAUCCCUUCAUAUUGUUGGAGGGGAUCCCCACCAGUGGUUUGAGAUAAUCCCCUCAGGUGUUCAGGGCAGUGACUUCCAAGUGAUCUCUACAAAGAGGAUUAUCUGGUCUCAAACUCCUUUUGGGUUGAAUCUGUCCCUUCAAGCUAAAGACCAGAGCUCGCAGAGUUUACUCUCUCCAAUUACACAAAUCCACAUUCCAGCUGAUCAUUACAGCCCUUUGGCAUUUUUGGAGGACACCUACAUCGUCCCCCUGAGCGAGUUUUCACCUCUUAAAACUCAUGUGGUGAAGGUUUCUGUCACCUCAGGACCUGAUAAUGUCACCUUCAGUAUCAAAAAUAAUCCAGACAGCUCUAACUUCAAGAUAAAUCCUAAAACAGGGAUCAUCAUAACCACAGAGAGAUUUGAUUAUGAGAGAAAGGAUCGAUAUGAGUUUGAUGUGGUGGCCAAUCAUGGUGAAGCAGAGACUCACAUCGUGGUUGAGAUAACAGAUGAAAAUGACAAUAGCCCUCAGUUCAGUCAGACAUCCUACCAAGCCAUGCUGGAUGAAAACAGCCCUGUGGGCAGCAGUGUUUUAAAAGUAGCAGCCACAGAUGGAGAUGAAGGCAAAAACGGCUUUGUGACUUAUUCUAUAGCCAACACAGGCCCCUUACCUUUUACAAUAGACCCAUUUACAGGUGUCAUCUCCACCUCCGAGCACCUGGACUACGAGCUGAUGAAGCGGCGGUACCAUCUGAGAGUCUGGGCUGCGGACAGCGGCAGCCCCUUCAGUCAGGUCAGUGAAUGUCCCGUCACCAUAACUCUGAACAACAUCAACGAUAACGUCCCUCUGUUUGAGAGGGUGGGCUGCAACACCACCAUCCCUCUGGAUUUACCUGUGGGCCACAUGAUCUGCGAGCUGUCGGCCAUCGAUCUGGAUGAGCUGCAGCAGCUGAGAUACGUCAUUGAGACAGGAAAUGAGCUCCAGGUGUUUGGUAUUGACCCGGUGUCUGGAGCCGUCACCCUGAAGCAACCGGUUCCUCUGAGAGCGAAUUCGUUCACUCUGAGUGUCAUAGCCACAGAUGGAAAGCAUCGCUCUGAAGCCUCGGUCAUCAGGAUAACUAUCACCAAUAGAGGUGAUGACGUGACACUCCACUGCCAGGAGACGGGUGUUUUCAAACAGCUGACUGAUAAACUGAUAGAGUCCAUCAAACCCAUUUUAACCAAUCAGGAGGAAGAGACAUUCUCUGACGUUCACAUCACCAACAGACACUCUCCAAAGUUUGACCUGAGCGUCCCCAGUUCAGUCGACCUCAGUGAGGACCAUCCCCUGAACUCCUCCAUCGUUCAGUUCAAGGCCACAGACCAGGAUUCAGGGUUCAACAGUAAACUGGUCUACGCCAUAUCGAGUGGGAAUGAAGACGGCUGUUUCUCCAUUGACACAUUCUCUGGUGACCUUCAGUUGGUCUGCCCUCUGGACAGAGAGAGUAAGGAGUUCUACAUCCUCAACAUCACUGUCUAUGACCUGGGAACGCCACAAACAUCUGCAUGGAAAUUCAUCGCGGUGAACGUCCUGGACGUCAACGACAACCCUCCAGUUUUCAAUCAGCCCAGAUAUGUGAUCCGAGUACCUGAGAACACGGAGGUCGACUCCAUUGUUUUCACAGCUCAUGCAGUCGAUCCAGAUGCUGAGACGAGCGGAAACGUCAUUUACUCCCUGCUGACGUCUACUGACACAUUCAGGAUAGAUGAAGUGACCGGUGAAGUGACUGUGAAAGGUCCUUUGGAUCGAGAGGCUUCACCCAGACACGACCUUCGGAUUGAAGCCAGAGACCAGGCCAAACUCAGCCCCCAGCUGUUCUCCAUGAUUGACCUUGUGGUGGUUUUACAGGACAUUAAUGACAAUGCGCCCAAAUUUGUACCCAAGGUUUACAGGAUAAAGGUUCCAGAGGACGUUCCUGUGGGCACCCUUCUCGUCUGGGUGGAGAGUGUAGAUUUAGAUCUGGGCAGUGGAGGCCUCGUCACCUACAACCUCAAGAACACAGAGAGUGGGAUCUUCCACCUCGAUUCCACAACUGGUGCCCUGACCCUCGAGAGGGAGCUGGACUUUGAGAGGCGGCCAUCUUACAACCUCACGGUCCGGGCGGUCGACCACGGCCUCCCUCGCUCCCUCUCCUCCUCCUGCUUCGUGGAGAUUCAGGUCCUGGAUGUGAAUGAGAACCUCCACAGGCCGGUGUUCUCAGAGUUUGUGUAUGAAGCUGCAGUGAUGGAAGACGCAGCAGUGGGGACGUCUGUGGUGAUGCUCACAGCUGCAGACAAAGACCUGGGCCGAGACGGAGUCGUCAGGUACCACAUCCAUGAAGGGUCCGGUCUAGGGGUCUUCACCAUCGACGAGGAAUCAGGUGUGAUCCGUACGACGGAGAUGUUGGACCGCGAGAUGACGCCUCACUACUGGCUGUCGGUCUAUGUCACUGACCUGGGGACGGAGCCUCUGAUCUCCUGGACUCAUGUCUUCCUGGAGGUCCUGGACGUUAAUGACAACACUCCAGAGCUGUCCCAGCCUGUUUACUUUGCCUCUGUCCAGGAGAACGUGGACAAGGUGAAAUCUGUCGUCCAGGUGUUGGCCAAAGACGUUGACACGUCCUCUGAGGGGAAAUUGUCCUUCCAGAUGCUGGAGUCUCGCCGGACCUACUUUGACGUGGAUCCUAAAACAGGUGUGAUCAGUACUCUCUCAGCGUUGGAUCGGGAGGAUAAACCUGAGCACAGUGUCGAGGUCAUUGUCUCAGAUAACGGAUCUCCGUCUUUACGCUCCACCGCUACUGUCGUGAUCCGAGUCCUUGAUGCCAACGACAACAGGCCCAAGUUCACAGACAAGCUUUUCCACGUGAAGCUGCCUGAACAGCGCCAUCAGGUGGGCAGACAGGAGGUUUGCAGGAUGUUCGCCCGAGACGACGACGAGGGCCCCAACGCCGACGUCACCUACAAACUCCAGGAUGACCAGGACGGGCGUUUCCAGGUCGACGCGGUGACGGGCGUGGUGACGGCUCACGGUGAUUUCUGGCCCGGGAACUACAGCAUCCUGACGAUUAAAGCGUCAGAUCAGGGCAGUCCGUCUCGAUCCUCCACGGCCCGACUCGACAUCGAGUGGAUCGCCCGCCCCCCUUCCUCCGCCGAGCCGAUCACGUUCGACGAGCCGCACUUCACCUUCGCCGUCAUGGAGACGGAGCCCGUCACUCACAUGGUGGGAAUCAUCAUGACGGAGACGCAUCGUCUGCGCUGGUUCGACAUCGUAGGUGGUGAUGAGGAGAAGGACUUCGACAUCCAGAGAAACAGUGGAACCAUCUCCAUCGCCCGCCACCUCGAUGCUGCCCGGCGCUCCAACUACAACUUGACGGUGCGGGUCACCGACGGCCACCACAGCGCCAUCACGCAGGCCUACGUCCGUGUGCUGGACAUGAAUGAACAUCGACCCGUCUUCAUGAAGCAGCUGUACCAGGUGAGGGUACCUGAGGACACGUCCCCGUGGAAGGACAUCCUGCAGAUCAGUGCUCAGGACGCUGACACCAACAGUAAGCUGGUGUACUCCAUCCACAGCAGCCUCCACCCGGACAGCACCGGGUUCUUCCACCUGGACCCGAAGAGUGGAGUCCUGGUGAUGACCGAGGAGCUGGAUUACGAGAAGAUCUCUGUCCAUACGCUCAUUGUCAUGGUCCGGGAUCAGGAGAUCCCCGUGAAGAGGAACUUUGCGAAGGUGGUGGUUGUGGUGGAGGAUUGUAACGACCACUCCCCAGCUUUCCUCAGCCCCCGCUACGAGGCCAGCGUCUCCAACCUGGUCCCCGUGGGCUCUGAGGUCGUCCGGGUCAAGGCUCUGGACAAGGACGUGGGCAGCAAUGCUGACAUCAUCUAUUCUCUGCACUCCGGAAACAUCGACAACAUCUUCUCCAUAGAUCCAGAGCUGGGCUCCAUCACUGUCUCUAAACCUCUGGACCUUCAGCCUCAGGACAAGUUCCACCUGACGGUGAAGGCCACUGAUCAGGGUUUCCCUCAGCGCAGUGACCUCUGCUCCAUCCACAUCCAUGUCCACAUCUCCGACCAAACCCCGCCCGCCUUCCCUUCAGACGAAUACCUGACAGAGAUCAGCGAGCUGAGUGCCGUCGGAGCACCGGUGGUCACCAUCUCAGCCUCCAGCCCAGCUGCAGUGCAUUAUGGGAUAGAGAGUGGAAAUCCAAAUGGGACGUUUCACAUCAACCCCUACACUGGGCUGAUUUCAACACAAAAACACCUUGACUUUGAGGACUGUACCUCCUACAAGCUCAAAGUUACAGCAUCCACCUCGGCCGGAGCGUUGUCCAGGACCAUCGUCUACAUCUACGUGAUUGACGAAAACGACAACGCUCCUGUUUUUCAGCAGAGGGAGUACUCCGGGCAAAUCAGUGAAUCAGCUCACAUUAACAGCAUGGUGAUGGGAGAGAGAAACACCCCUCUGGUCAUCCAGGCUUCAGAUGCAGACAGAGAUACUAAUUCUCUGCUGGUGUAUCAGAUCCUGGAACCAGAGGCCCUGAAAGUCUUUAAGAUAGACUCCAGUAUGGGAACCAUCUCUCUAAUUUCACCCGUUGACUUUGAAGCCAAGGCCGAGUAUCACUUCACCGUGCAGGUAAAGGACUCAGGGGAGCCAUCACUGUACGCAGCUGAGCCCGUCAAGGUCACUGUUCGCGUCCUGGACCUGAAUGAUUGUCCGCCACAAUUCACCUCCCCGGUGUACGAGCCAUCCGUCAUCUUCCCGGCUGUCAGAGAUACAGAAGUGGUGCGCGUCACGGCCCAUGAUGCCGACUCGGCGGUCUCAUACAGCAUCACUGAGGGGAAUCUGCACAAUGCUUUUUCAAUUCACCCCAACACCGGAGUGAUCACUGUGAGCAAUGUGUCUGAAUUUAAAACUUUUUAUCAGCUGGCUGUCAAAGCGUCUGAUGGCCUCUAUAAAGACUCAGCUGUUGUCACGGUGAAUGUAACAAACCUCACAGCCACUGACCUCGGGUUUGAGCAGAAAGUUUAUUCAGCGAGCGUCACAGAAAACCUGAAGACGGUCAAAACUUUAUCUGCACUGAAAGCUACAGGCUGUUUUUUAAACGAGCCUCUUCUGUAUUCUGUGUUGAACCCCAUGGGGAGGUUUGCAGUUUCCCAGACAUCAGGUGUACUUGAAACAACAGGUGUUCCCUUUGACAGAGAGGAACAGGAUGUGUAUGAGGUGGUGGUGAAAGUUCAGGACAUGAGGACGCCGCCCAGGACGGCUACAGCUCAGGUCAAGGUGUUUAUAGACGAUGUUAAUGACAACUCUCCACAGUUUCUUAACCUACCAUUUUCAAUGAUGAUAUCUGAGGACUCUGAUCCAGGAGAUGUUUUAUAUCAGGUCACUGCUGUUGACAGAGAUUUGGGGGAGAAUGGAUCCAUCAUGUACUCGCUGGAGGAGGACUACGAACUCUUCAGAAUAGAUCCUGAUGUCGGAGACGUGUCCCUUCAGAGGCCUCUUGACUUUGAAGCCCUGAACAGAUACGUGUUGACGGUUCUGGCUAUAGACGAUGGGGAGCCCAGUCUCAGCACGGUGGCUCAGCUCACUAUUCAAGUGAGGAAUCGAACUAACCCAGUUUUCCAGACUCUUCUUUAUCCACUCAAAGUCCCUGAGAACGUCCCAUCCUUCACCACCAUCCUGCACGUUCAGGCCAGGAAUCCAGAAGGCUACCGGCUCAUCUACAACCUCCAAGAAGAAAAUGCCUCAAAACACUUUCACAUUGAUUUUAAAACAGGCGUACUGACCGUAACCGACCCCCUCGACUACGAGAGUCAGACCAUGCAUGUGUUGACAGUUCAAGCCACUGACUCUGUGACCGGAGCUUUCUCCGAGGCCUCAAUAGAAAUAGAAGUGGAGGACGUGAAUGAUAACGCACCAGUUUUCUCAAAAUUAAUGUACAGUGUGAACAUUGCUGAAGGGCUCCCAGCUGAAACAUCGGUGAUACAACUGUCUGCCUCUGACAGGGACUCUGGCAGAAAUAAAGAUCUGACCUUCACCAUCGUGAGAACGGAGGGAAAUGAGACGGACUUCUUUGAGAUCGACCCUCAGAGCGGGUUGAUUGUCACUAAACAGGUGCUGGAUCAUGAAGACACAAAGCACUUUAAUCUGAAAAUCAGAGCCACUGACAACGGCUUGGUUCCUCUCAGCAGUGAAGCCAGCGUCUUUGUAAAUGUCACAGAUGUCAAUGACAACCCACCAGAUUUCAUCAGCUCCCAGUAUGAAGCCACGCUGGAUGAACUGGCCAAGUGUGGACACAUAGUCAUCAAAAUCCAAGCUUCAGAUCCCGACACUGGCGACUUGAAUAACCUCAAGUACAAAAUCCUCUCAGGGAACGAAGGCCGUUACUUCAACAUCAACGAAUCCUCAGGAAUCAUCUCCUUCUCUAACGUCUGUAAGAGGAACCUGGAUCCAUAUUACAACCUGACGGUGGCAGUGUCCGAUGGGGUGUUUCAGAAAACAGCACCGGUCAACAUCGACAUGAUUAACAGCAACAGGCACAGUCCAUACUUCAAACAGGGUGUCUAUGAGGCCGAGCUGGCUGAGAAUGCAGAGGCAGGAACUCGUGUGAUCCGGUUAGCUGCCAUCGACCCUGACGACGGGCCGUACGGCAGUGUGGACUACACCAUCAUCAACAAACUGGCUGAUGAGAAAUUUACCAUCGAUAAUAAUGGACAGAUUGUUACGACACAGCCUCUGGACAGAGAAAACCCAGCCCAGAGAGUCAUCGCCAUCAAGGUGAUGGCAAAAGAUGGAGGUGGAAAAGUGGCGUUCUGCACAGUCAAGAUUAUUCUCACGGACGAGAACGACAAUGUACCUCAGUUCAAAGCCUCAGAAUACCAGGUUUCAAUCCAGUCGACCGUGAAUAAAGGCUCCCCCGUCAUUCAGAUCAUGGCUUAUGAUGCAGAUGAUGGAAAAAACGCAGAUGUCACCUACACUGUGGACGAAGCUGAAGAGGUGACGGAGGACAUCAUUGAGAUCAACCCGUUCACCGGCAUCGUCAGUGUCAAAGAGAGUCUUAUCGGCAUGGAGAACAAGAUCUUCAACUUCAAAGUCAAGGCUCGUGAUGGCAGCCUCCCGUUCUAUAACUCCACUGUCCCCGUUCAGGUCAAAGUGGUUCCUCCUGAGGUUCCUCUCCCUAAGUUCUCAGAGCCUCUCUACACCUUCUCAGCUGCUGAGGACAUACCCAUCGGGACGGAGAUCGGCUCGGUGAGGGCCGACUCCGACAUGCCUCUGAUCUACAGCCUGGUCAACGGGAACACGGUUGAGAGCAACAAAGACAAAGUUUUCAGUUUGGACAAGGAAAGUGGAACUUUGCUGUUGCAGAAAACCAUCGACCACGAAAAGACCAAGUGGUACCAGAUAGACGUGAUCGCCCAGGGAAACCACAACGGGACUGACGUGGCAUCGCUGGUGUCCGUCAGCAUCCAGGUCCAAGAUGUGAAUGACAACCAGCCAGUGUUUGAUGCCAGCCCAUACAGAGCCUUCCUGGCUGAAAACAUGCCUGCUGGGACCACAGUCAUCCAGGUGACGGCCAAUGACCCGGACACAGACACCAAUGGCCUGGUGACCUACAGCCUGGAGUCUCUGCCCAAUGAGUCCAGGACCGACAUCACUGAGGUGUUCUCCAUUGAUGGCGAGAGCGGCUGGAUCACGACAGUGCGGGAGACAGACUGCGAGGCCUACAGGGUCUACAGGUUCAACGUGGUCGCCAUGGAUCACGGCGGCGACGUGAAGUUGUCGUCCAGUGUCCUGGUGGAGGUGACGGUGACAGACGAGAACGACAACAUGCCCAAGUUUUCAGACGAUGUGUACCGCGGCUCAGUGGUGGAGAACAGCAGCCCGGGGGAGGUCAUCGUCUCCAUGACGACCACAGAUGCUGACGUGUCUCUGGAGAACCGCCUGGUGACGUGCUACAUCACAGACGGGGAUCCUCUGGGUCAAUUCGCCAUCAUCCAGCAGGACGAAGGGGAAUGGGGUCUGAUCGUGAAGGAGCGUCUGGACCGAGAGACCAGAGAUAGGUACAUGCUUCGAGUCACCGCCACCGACGGGAAGUUUGAGGCUCCAGUCACAGUGGACGUCCACGUCCUGGACAUCAAUGACAACAGCCCUCUGUGUGAACAGCUGGUGUACACAGAGGUGGUGAUGGAGAACUCGCCCUCCAGCAUGUUUGUGCUGAAGGUUUCAGCUUCAGAUCCAGAUGUGGGAGCUAAUGGGCAGAUCUCCUACACCCUCCAUGGCCCCAAUGCAGACAAGUUUCAUCUCGACCACAGGACAGGUGAGCUGUUCACUCUGGCCGUGUUGGACCGUGAGAGAGAGGUGGAGUACAACCUGGUGGCAAAGGCGACGGAUGGCGGGGGGCGGUCGUGUCAGGCCGACAUCCUGCUGAUGAUCCAGGACAUGAACGACAACCCGCCCCGCUUCUCCUCCAGCCACUACGAGGUCACCGUGUUCGACAACACGACCGUUCGGACUCCCGUCGCCGUCAUAUUCGCCAAAGACCCAGACACAGGUAUAAACUCAGAGGUGAAGUACUCCCUCCUCUCUGGUGACGGCGGUUACUUCUCUCUGGAUGAGUUCUCGGGGAUCCUGCGUCUGGAGCGACCUCUGACCUCCGACACUCCGUCCUCCUUUGAGCUGAAGGUGAAGGCCACGGACCGCGGCCUGCCCCGUCACCUCUACUCCAUUGCCACUGUCACCGUGGAUGUGGUCUCCCUGGACGACUACCAGCCUGUCUUCCUGAGCUCCGAGCGCACUAUCCAGCUCCCAGAAUCCUUAGCGGUGGGGUCUGAGGUCCUGAACCUGGCCGACCUCAGCAGAGAUGGACCGGUCCCCGUCACGUAUCGCAUCGUCUCUGGCAACGAGGACGGACGCUUCCUGCUGCACUCACGGACAGGUCUCCUGACCCUCGCCGCUCCGCUGGAUUUUGAGGUUUCCAGAGAGUAUUACCUGUCUGUGGAGGGAAACCGCGGCAAGUCGUCCCUCAGCGACAUCACCACGCUCGUCAUCAACGUGACUGACAUCAACGACAACACACCGGUGUUCGGACAAGGGGACUACAGCACCGAGAUAUCAGAGGACCUGACACCUGGAGGCCUGGUGAUAAAGGUAACAGCCACUGAUCAGGACGGUCCCAUCAACAACCUGCUGCGUUACUCCAUCGUGAGCGGAGACCUUCUGCAGCAGUUCUCCAUCCACCCUCGCAGCGGAGAGAUCAGUGUCCGCACAGCUCUGGACCGAGAGGAGAUCCCUCACUACUCUCUGACGGUGCAGGCAGCAGAUGAAGGAGAUCCUCCUCUGUCCUCCGCCGUCCUCAUCACCAUCACCGUCACCGACGUCAACGACAACCCACCCGUCUUCUCCCAGGUCAACCACAGUCUGCUGCUGCAGGAGGGCGAGUCGGUCGGCAGCUCCGUCCUGCAGCUCGUGGUGACGGACAGAGACACUCCGAGGAACGGCCCGCCUUUCUCCUUCCACAUCGUCAGUGGUAACGAGGACCGGCGUUUCCACGUGGACCAGGGUGGCCUGCUGUCGCUCUCCGCCCCGCUCAGGAAGAGGAUCAAACCCCAACACCAGCUCAAGAUCCAGGUGACGGACAGCGGCCACCCCCCCCUCUCCUCCAUCUGUGUGGUCAACAUCAACGUGACGGAGCAGAGCCGCUUCCCUCCCUCCGUGGUUCCUUUAGACGUCUUCAUCACCACCUCCGGAGGCCUGUUCUCCAGCCGGGUCAUCGGCAGACUCCACGCCUCAGACCAGGACCUACAGGACGUCUUGACCUACAGGCUUGUGUCAGAGCACCCAGCCGGAGGCAGGUUCUCCAUUGACCACGCCGACGGGAAGAUCUGGGCUGACCAGAACCUGGAGGAUGGCUCGUACUCACUCAAUGUCAGCGUGAGCGACGGGAAGUUCAGCGUCUGGGCCGGGGUCAAAGUUCACGUGUGGGUGGCGGAUCAGAGGGCGCUGGACUCGGGCCUGACGCUGCAGCUGGUGGGGAUGUCCCCGGAGGAGUUCCUGGGCGAUCACUGGAGAGGCCUGCAGCGUAGUCUGGCUCAGGCUCUGGGUUUACCCAGGCAGGAGCUGCAGCUGGCCAGCCUGCAGCAGCUCCACGCCCAGGGCCUGGAGGUCCUGCUCAUCUGGAGGAGUCCAAGCGGAGUCCAGUCUCUGCCCACCAGCAGACUCGCAGGAAUCAUAUCAGACAUGGAGGACUCUCUGAGCCUCAGCAUCCUCAGGGUCAGUCACAACGGGUGUCUGGGGACCGGCUGUCCGCCGCGAGGCUGCAGGAACGCCGUCCGGCUGACGGGGGAGAGGCUGGGUCAUUUCACCACGGCCAGAGCCGGAUACAUCACCCCCCAACACACCUGGGAGAGCGUCUGCCCCUGUAACGAGUCGGCUCUGAGGUUCGAUGGGAAGUCGUACCUGAAGUACCUGCACAGGAUGGACGAGGACGACCAGAACUUCAGACUGUCUCUGAGAUUCAAGACGACCCAGGACCAGGGCCUCAUCCUGUCCACCAACGGCUCCAAAGACUGGGGGGUCCUGCAGCUGAUUGGUGGAGAGCUGUUCUUCAUGUACAGUUGUGGGAACGCCCCUCCUGCCUCUCUACUCGUCUCACCUGACCAGGUGUCUGACGGCCGGUGGCACAGCGUCCUGCUGGAGGUGAACUCCUCCGCCCUGAGGCUGACCCUGGACCGGCAGCACCCGGCCUCCUCCGCCCUUCCCGACCCGUGCCGGAUGAUGCGCUCUCACGGCGCUCUGCUCUUUGCUCAGGACCCGGUUCCACAGGUCCGGGGUCGGCCACAGAGCUUUGUUGGCUGCCUGGAAAACCUGGAGCUGAACGGGGAGCGGAUCGGAGCGGGGGAGGCGGAGGAGUGGACAGGGUCAGGGAGGAGGAGAGUGUUCGGGGUUUACAGGUGCUGCAGCAGAACGGCGGCCUGCGACAACAACCCCUGUCAGAACGGAGGCGUCUGUGAGGAGGACGCUGCCGGAGAGCCUCGGUGCAGGUGUUCAGGACUCUUCCACGGCGCACGCUGCGAGCUGCCCGACAACCCCUGUUCCUCCCAGCCCUGCACCCACGGCCGGGUGUGUUUCCCCAAGACCCAGGGAUACAUCUGCAACUGCUCCAUGGACGACGCUGAUGCACGGUGUCACAACCAGGUGGAGGUGUGUUCACCUAAUCCCUGUCCUGGAGGCUUCAACUGUAAAGUCACUGACGGCUCCAUUCACUGUGACCCUCUGCCUCAGAAGGUGAACCCGAUGAUCGGCUACAUGGAGAUCAUGGAGAUCAGCGCCAGCGUUCUGGGUUUACUCUUCCUGGUUGGUGUCUUCAUUUGCAUCAGGAAACGUUAUGUUCAGCACAAGAAGAAGAAGCCCGUCUGCGUCCAGGACUCCAACGGGUAUUUCCAGCCCAGUUUGGCCAAAAGUCUGAAAGCCGAGAACCCAGAGAACAACCCCAUCGAGAUGAGCUCUCUGGUCGGCCCCACCAACGACCUCGACCACACCCCCUUCAGGUCGCUCCGCCCCCGCAGCCAGAUCGGAUCGUCUGGAGGCGGGGUUUCCAACUCAAAGACGCAGGGGCCGGUGGUGUGCAGCGUGGCCCCCAACCUCCCGGCCCGGCCCCCGUCCUGCUCAGACAACGACUCCAUCAGGAAGAACCACUGGGACAUGGACUAUGAAGUCUACCCUGCAGAUCCGGAUUAUUACGGCCGUCCGUCCGUCCAGGAGUUCCCUCAGUUCGACAUCGUGGAGGACACCUACUCCUCCUCCACCAUGGACUCCAGGAGGAACUCUCGAUUCGGCGGCUUCCCGUUUCCUCUGGACCGCUGCGACCGCCGUGCCCCACUCCCUCCGUGCUACAGCAACCAGAACCUGGAUGACUUCCUGGGUCCGGAUGGGCUGCCCCUCCCCAGCCCCCAGUGCCCCAAUGAGUACACAGCCAUCAGCUACUACCCCACCCAGCAUGCCCGCAGCCUGGACAACGUGUCCACAGGAUACAAGAGGCUGAGCAUGAGGCUCAGCAUCGCCAUGCCAUCGUACGCCGAGCAGGCCGGCCCGCCGCCGCCCAACCCCGCCCAGCCUCAGACACGACCCGCGGGGCAGAACCCCCGCAGCUUUGACGGGUCCAGCAUGGUGGAGAGCGACUACGGCAGCUGUGAGGAGGUGAUGUUUUAGGGCGGAAGCGGCAGCUCAGAGAUGAAAGUGACGUCUCGCUGAUCCUCGUUUCCUCAGAGGAUAAAGUUCAGCUGAAGUGCAGCUCCGUCUGAGAGGAGGUGAAACCCUCAACAGUAUUACUGACUCAACACCUUGUGAACUUCCUGCCUCUGAGAGGAGGCGUCUCCAAACAUUUCUCCUCCCAACACAAACUCGUUGAUCCGCUGGAGUUCGACAGGAGACGACUCCGAUCAAACCCUGAUCCAGAGAUCUGAUCAGCUUCAUCACUGUCAGCUUUAAGCUGCAACUUCUGUUUCUCAACACGAACACAUUUCACUGAACUCCUUGAUGAGAAGAGGCUGGAUCCUCACAGACAUAUAGACAGUGUCAGGGUGGUGUUGGUGCUGUAGAUGUAUUUUACCUGUUAGUGACUGUGAACUCGUCUCCUGGCUUUAAUCAGUGUGAACUGGACCACAGUGUUUCCUCUGGUGGAGAUAUUCGUGUUAGUGAUCAGGCUCUGCUCUGGGAGAAAGAGAAUUCUUUCAUGUUUCUGCAGCGAGACAGAAAAAUGUCUACACAGCCAUUUUAAAUGGUGUAAAUAUACAGAACACAGCAGAUUCAGAAGUCUGUGUUCAAACAGCAGUUUAUAACAAAUCAUCAACAACAAUCAACUAUCAUAAUUAAUCUAUUGAUUAUCAUCCUGAUCAGUCAUUAAAAAUGGCAACCACUUUUGUCUUUAAACAGAUUGUUAACAUUUAAACAUCUGAGGAGUUGGAAUCAGAAAAUGUUCAAACAACAGUUCAGUUGUUCUAAGUUUAUAAAAAAGAAAAUCUGACUUCACAACAACAUUAAACACAAUAAUCACAAAGACUUUAACUUGAAAACAGACUGAAGGUUCCUGAUUCAGCUGAAGAAGAAAAUCAACGUCUGUUCAAACCCGAGCUGCAGAAAAAUUUAAAGAGAAAGUCUGUUCAGCUCCAGUUAAAUUAGAACAUCUCACCUUCUGUCUCCAACAUACGGCUUCCUGUCUGCACUCUGCGCUAAGCUAACAGCUUACAGAGCUGCAGUUUUCCUUUCAAUAAAAACACCUCAAAGUUUAAAGAAAUCUAAAAAACAUCAAGACUUUGACUCAUCUGAUGGAUCAUGUUUCACUGAUCAGAGAAAACAGAGGGAACACUAAACUGAAUGAAUCAGUCACAGUGAUAAACUGAGUUUAAACCCUAAAGGUCAAAGGUCAUUUCCUCUUCACUCUGACCGGUGAACUGAUGUUUAAUGUGGUUUACCUUUGAUGUGAUGCUGUGCAGGUGUUGUGUUGUAAACAGUCUGUGCCUGUUGUUGAAUGUUCAUUGAUAAAGUUUAUUUUUGUAUUAAUGUGGGUCUCCCCAUGUUCUGCUCUGCUGUUUCUCUGUGAGAGAUUUUAUUAUGACUCCACCCUGUUUCUGUUUUUCACUGUAAAGAGAAUAAAGAUGUUCUAUCACACUAA